AUUAGUUCGAUCCAUCUAUGGACUGUUGAUUAGUUGGGGCCUCCCUGGUAUAAAAUCCAACGUCCUCCGAAGAAAACCUAAUCACUUACGAUUGGAUUGAGUAGACUGCUAGUGGUGUGCUCACUGCGCUAGAUCAUCUUGAUAUCCUUUCUCACCAAGAACCCCGAAGCCAUAAACCAGCACCAAAAUGUGUGACGAUGAUGCUGGAGCACUGGUCAUUGACAACGGAUCCGGAAUGUGCAAAGCUGGAUUUGCUGGUGAUGAUGCCCCACGUGCCGUCUUCCCGUCCAUCGUCGGCCGCCCACGCCACCAAGGUGUGAUGGUUGGUAUGGGUCAGAAGGACGCCUACGUGGGUGAUGAGGCGCAAUCCAAGCGUGGUAUUCUCACUCUAAAGUACCCGAUAGAACACGGCAUCAUAACAAAUUGGGAUGAUAUGGAGAAGAUUUGGCAUCACACCUUCUAUAAUGAGUUGAGAGUAGCUCCUGAGGAGCAUCCGGUUUUGUUGACGGAAGCUCCUUUGAAUCCCAAAUCAAACCGCGAGAAGAUGACUCAGAUCAUGUUCGAAACUUUUGCCUCGCCGGCAGUUUAUGUUGCCAUUCAGGCGGUUCUAUCGCUGUACGCUUCCGGUCGUACCACGGGUAUUGUGCUGGAUUCCGGAGAUGGUGUCUCUCACACCGUACCAAUCUAUGAAGGUUAUGCCCUGCCACAUGCCAUCCUUCGUAUGGAUCUGGCUGGUCGUGAUCUGACCGACUAUUUGAUGAAGAUCCUGACUGAACGCGGCUACUCCUUUACCACCACUGCUGAGCGGGAAAUCGUUCGCGACAUCAAGGAAAAGUUGUGCUACGUCGCUCUGGACUUUGAGCAGGAAAUGCAAGCUGCUGCCGCAACAUCAUCUUCUGAGAAGUCCUAUGAACUCCCCGAUGGUCAAGUCAUCACCGUCGGCAAUGAACGUUUCCGCGCCCCAGAAGCUCUCUUCCAGCCAUCCUUCCUGGGUAUGGAAGCAACCGGAAUUCACGAGACUGUUUACAACUCGAUCAUGCGUUGUGAUGUUGACAUCCGCAAGGAUCUUUAUGCCAACAGCGUCCUGUCCGGAGGCACAACUAUGUAUCCAGGUAUUGCUGAUCGUAUGCAGAAAGAAAUCACUUCACUGGCUCCAUCCACCAUUAAGAUCAAAAUCAUUGCUCCUCCCGAGCGUAAGUACUCAGUGUGGAUCGGCGGUUCCAUUUUGGCUUCGCUGUCUACAUUCCAGACUAUGUGGAUCUCCAAGCAGGAAUAUGACGAAGGUGGGCCUGGAAUUGUCCACCGCAAGUGUUUCUAAGUGAUCAACGAAGGUCACUCAUACUGCCAUCAGUCCAAACAACAGUCAACAUUAAAGUGUGCCUCUUCAAUCCGAUUCUAACCAGGGUCAGAAUCGGAUAGCGUCGUGCUACAUAUCGUACCUUGUUCAAUUGUAUUGCUUGCGAACAUAUAGCUUGCACAAACCGCAAUUUUGUACUCUAACCAUCGAAAUAAGACAGAAGCAUAAAUGGGAUCGUAGAGUACCCGGAUUGGACACCAUUCAGUUUCCGGGUUAAACAAGGGUUUUUCCUUUGCGGUUGAAAUCUUGAAAACAUCACAUGCGCUUUACUCUUUUCUAGAAGUUUAUUGUAGAACCAAUCGUCUAUACUUUGUGCCAUUUAUACUUAUGCUUACUCAAAAUGUUUGAUCGUGAAAAAAUAUGCUUUUGUACUGUUUCUAGUUUUACACAUUUUCAGUAAUAAAAUAUUGAAAAAUAAAAACACACGUUCAGAUUUGAAAAUUUAA